AUGGAGAUGAAUCGCAAAGACUUCAGCCUUAGAAUUUUCUUUCUAUUACCGAUCUUUGCUUCUACCUUUUCAUGCGUGGAAGGAGCGUUCAAUGUAGCUGAAGAUUUAGCACGGACUGGGGCUGGCGGUUCAGAUGCCUUACGGUCUGGGCCUGAACAGUCAUUAGCACUGGCAAAGCAUCCUGAACAUGAAUCACAGAUUGCAAACAGACCACUGGUACCAUCACACAUGAUUGGUGGGCCGUUCCCAUUGAACAACCUUCAACCCCCUAGUGGUAUUGGAAAUAGUGCAGCGCUGCAAGAUGAUUUAGCUCAGACAGUUCAGAAAUUGAGUGAAGCACUAGAGAAUACGCAUCGACCAGGUUCGACUUCAAAGACCCCGGGACACAACUUCCGUGUAGAUCCAACCUAUUCUGACGAAAAACCAAUUCAGCAACUCACAAAUGAACAAAAAAAGAAGGCUUGGAUCAAAGCUCAUAAGAAGGCACGACUUCCACCCUUACACUCCGAAAAGUAUGAUUGGCAUGUGGUAAGGUGGACUAAAGCAUUAGGAAGGGGUACGAAGAAGGUCUUGGGUUACUUUUUUAGAGGGUUAUGGAAGGUGAUCUCAUUUCCGUUCCGUACCAUCAUCAAAGACCCAAGGGAAGAAGUAGAUCUGGCUACGGGAAUUCAAAAACCAAAAGAGGCAAUUGAAUCUGCCCUGGACAAAGAUAAAGCUUCAAAAGCACCGACCCAGUUCCCUUUCAUCAAGGAGGAUGAUAUGAUGCACAGAGCUCGUUUAGUCGGACAACAGGUACAAAGUAAAGGUGUCGAAGCAAUCAGGACGGCUAUGAGAGAAAAUCGACAUGAUCAACAAGAUAGUGUGAUUUCCGAAUUGAGAGAACUUCCUAGUUACCUAGAAGCUCAAAAAAAUCUCUUCCAAGCUCAUCAAAUCUUGUUGCAUAACCAACAUGAAUUAGAUCCACUUGUUCAACGCGUCUCUAAUGUUUAUCAAGACGAAGCCAAGAUGCAAGACUCAAUGGAAGAAAUAUUUGGAAAGUACGUUGAGUAUUUUCGGCAUACUGAAGGCUUGAAGGAUGAAAGUUUAAAGUAUGCAACUCCUCGAGAUAUAUUGGAUCACUAUAUUCCUUGGAUUCAGCACAUUCCGAUUGGUUCACUAGACUUGCUAGUAAAGGAGCCAAAUUUUCUUGAAAAGGUACUGAAAAGCAACAUUUUAGGAAAAAAUGAAGAGGAAUCUACAGUAAUUUGGAACAAACUCAAGACGCAUGCCAAAGGAGUACGACAACUUUAUGGGAAACCGGCUGAAGAAUUGACUCGAUGGCAAAACGUAAUUUCACAAUACGAAUCAAAACUACAACAAUUAUCGGGUGGAGAAAAGGAACAGCUUUCUACUCUAGUGCCACAAUUUGAUUCCCUAACUUAUAACUUAAGUCUAAACACAAGUGUGAAUAGAACACCACAUAUAUAUAUUCACAACAUUUCUCUGCUCUUUCCAUGUCAUACUAUGCAAUUUGAUUCGCAAUCAAGUUUUAUGACGACAAAGGCCAAUCUUUUACCAUGA